GGGUGCUGGAACUAGAUGAUCUAUAGGGUCGUUUCCUGUGGGAUUCACAUUCUCUGAACCUGAGAGAAGCAGUGAGAGAAGCAGAGAAAUAAUUGGCCUUCUUUGCUCUUUCUACAAUACUGCCUCUCAUCUGUUCCUGUGUCAUUCUCGGUGCAAGAGUGACACUUUCCAACCCAAACCAUUCUAUGAUUCUGUUCUAUGAUUCUGUGUCUUCGUUUAAACUCUCAGCUUUUUAUGUUUUUGUUAAGGAAAACCAUGGUAGUUUUAAUACAGAGGGGAGAACAGUUCUCAGUUUAAAAAUGUUUUUCUCUUCAACUUAAAAAUACAUAUUAUGCAUAAUAAUUCGACAGGCUUCUCAGAGGGCUUUGUUCCUUUCUUGUUACCUUCCCUUCUGUUUUUGUCCCCUCCUGGAAGUGAGAAAUGUGGAAAGGUUGUAACUAGUUAGUGGAUCUUUGUUUAAAGCAAGUGUUCACAGCAGCCAUUUGCACCGCUGACAAGUUGUAUUAAUAAGAAUGGUUAUUUUUAUUAGUAGAUAUUUCUCUGUAGGAAAUGGCCAUUUCAGCAAAAUUAUCUAGUCGUAUUUCCUGUGUUUGGCUUGUAGGAAUCAGGUGUUAAGUGUAGGAGCCUCUGUCAUUCAAACCAAAAACAGAAUGUGUUUCAGAUAAGCCGUAAACUUUAGGAAAACUUUUUUUAGCAGUGUGAUUCAUUCCAGCGUGUUUGGCUGAAAGAGUUUUAGUAAGUUUCAAGUCUCUUCAUUUUCUCUGUCAAAAAUAGUUCACUGAAAUUCUGGGAUUUCUCUUGUUGCAUGCAAGGGUGCUUUCUAAGGUUCCUGGGGUUUUUGUGGUUUGUAUUUUUUUUGUUUGGUUGGUUGUUUUUUCUGUGGGUUUUUUGUUGUUGUUUUUCGGCUGGUUGGUUUUUUUUGUUGGUUUUUUUUUUUUUGAUUGGUUUGCUGGUUGAAGGGCAAAUACAUGACUCAUUCAGUGUCUAGGGUUGAUAGAUUGCAGGGGAUUUGUUUAUCGUUGCCGCAAGGUUUUCUGGUUUCUCUUUGAGGAUACUUGAUGGUUGAAAAGGUAGACAGCAUAUUGCAAACUCAGCUGCUACAUUUUUCCAAAUUCUUGAAUAAUGAAGUUAAAAUCAAAUUGUCACUGACAUGAUGUUCUGGCUUACUCUAAUCUGCUGAACAUGUAGGAAUGCUCAUAUUUGCACGGUGCAAAUGGACAAGAGCCUAGUUCAGACAGAGCCUGCAUUAAGUAGGAUUCUGGGUUUUUUUGAACGUUGAAGCUUUGCUGCUCCUUGUUGCUGACUAUAUUCUGUGUUGCUGCUAAAUUUCAUGUAACACAAACUAUUAGGUUUACAAAUUCCACUCCUUUUGUAAGGUCAUGUGAUCUUAGAUGUUACUUGUUAUCUGCUUCUGCUGUUGCAGUGGGGGUUGGUGAAGAGGUGGAAAUCAUGCCUUCUCUAAGUAUCUGCAGAGUUUUGAGUGAAGAGGGAUUUGUGAAAAGGAAGAAUGUGAAGGGAGAAGGGAGAACAGAUGCAAGUUUUCUGUAGAAUCUUAAAAGUUUUGAUGCAGGUGAAAACUACUUUUGUAACACUUCAUGGAGUGAUGUCUCUCCUUGGGAGCCUGUGGGCAAAAGGAAGAGAUACAGAACAAAGCCGUACUGCUGUGGCUUAUGCAAGUUCUCAUCCAAAUUGCUUACUUCUUUCAAGAAUCACUUACAUCGUUACCAUGAGGAUGAAAUGGACCAAGAGAUGGUGGUUUCUUGCCCAAAAUGUGCAUUUUCUUCUCGGCACAAAGUAGUGGGAGAACACAUCUGGAUGUUUCAUUCGUUUAAUAAACGAAUACAGAACUAUACAGUCAGCAUUUUGGAUGGCAUGAAACAGUUUAGGAGUGACAUCAUAAACUUCACGUGUCUAAAAUGUCAAUUCACAGACACCUUGUAUUACAAUAUGAAGAAACAUGUGCUGAUGAACCAUUUUGAAAACUUACUCAGUGCGUAUUUCGGCGAGAAAUGUGAUGAAAGUACACCGAAUUCAGUUGAGUUCUACUGUAAAAAAUGUAAUGCUCCUGCAAACAGCCCAGAUUCUUUAAUGUACCAUGUCUUGACAGCUGAAACACACAGAGACCUGGAGAACAAACUUCGAUCUCUGAUUUCAGAACGUAUUAAGAAACCUGGACUUGUGAAACAAAUGCAUAUUGCUCCAAAGCCUGUCCAAGGUGUAGCAGUAGCUGCCCCAUCUGCAGGGCCUGUUGUUGUCCCAGCAGGUUCUGUGACAGCUCCAGCUUGCAUCCAGGUUGCGUUUCCACAGAAUAAUCAAAACCAGAGCAUGGUGCACACACAAGCAGUUCAGAACACAGUUGGACCAGUGACUGUCCCAAGUGCCUCUGGCAGCCUCCCAAAUCCCGCCUGUGCUCCUGCCACUACAUCCUCGCAGGUUGCUCUUGUGCCCAGCAAUCCUCCCAUGGCUCAGAACAACCUUAGUAUUCAGCCGUCACCUUCGCAGGCUGUCAUUGUUUCUCAUGGGCUCCGUCUUAAUCAUUCUGUUGGGACCAUAAAUAGAGCUAUGGCCCCUGCGGUUCUUCCUCUUAAUCAGCCUGUCAGGCCUGGGCUCUUUCCUGUUAAUCAAACCAUUGGGACUAUAAACAGUCUGGUUCCAGCUGGAACUCUCCCUGCUACUCAACCUGUCGGCCCUGUGAAUCAACCAGUUGCACCAGGAGUCCUCCCUGUGAAUCAGCCAGUUGCUCCAGGAAUUCUGUCUGUUAGCCAGUCACUUGGGAACAUGAACAGACCUAUCGAUCCCAGGGUCCUUCCUGUGACACAGACAGUUGGGUCGGGUCUUCUCCAGCUUAACCAGCCUCUUGCCCCUGGGGUGGUUCCUGUCAGACAGCCUGUUGGACCUGGGUUCCUUCAGCUUAAUCAGCCUGUUGCCCCAGCACUUAUCCCAGUAAAUCAGCCUGUUCAGCCUCCGGUUUCUCAAAGCACAGCUUUUUUGACUGCGGGCUCUAUACUGAGGCAGUUGAUUCCCACUGGCAAGCAGGUUAAUGGGAUACCUACUUUCACAUUGGCCCCUGUCUCUGUUACUUUGCCCGUACCUCCUGGUGGUGGAGUAGCGACUGUGACACCUCCGCAGGUGCCCCUCCAGCUCAUGCAGACGGGGUCAGUGGCUCAGCUGUCCCAGUCACCAGCCAAUGCUCCCUCUCCUCCUGUGGUUCUGACCUCUGACAAUGUAUCUUUGCAAGCCUCCCCGCCUGCUCCUGAAACAAGCCAGGCAGUCAGACAGGCCAAGCAGUGGAAGACCUGCCCUGUUUGUAAUGAGCUUUUCCCCUCAAAUGUCUAUGAGGUGCACAUGGAGGUGGCCCACAAACCACUUGAAGUAAAAGUGGAAACCCCAGAACCUCACAAACUUGCAGCUUGCGCAUCCUUUCUGAGGAUGACAGAAAAGGCGAUCCGGUGUUACGCUUGUAAAUGUUUUCUCUGUGAGGAAGAACUCAUGAAGCAUAUCUUCAUGCAUGGCUUAUCUUGCUUGUUUUGCACAGGUACUUUCUAUGACUUAAAAAGCCUCGUGGAGCACAACAAAACUGCACACAAUGGGAAAAAGGAGUUGCAUGCAAGUUACAGCAACAGAGGAAUUCAGCUAGGUAAUGAUGCUCAGGGUGGCCUUGUGUUCCCACACUUUGAUUUUAACACAGUGCUACCAGAUGAAGACAUGGGUGAAAGAGAAGUACAUUUGGCAGUGCUUGUUGGAAUAUAUUCAACAGUUCUUGUCCCUGUUUACAUCAAAGUGAAACCUCAAACAGCACAAGUGAACAGGAGAUGCACCAGAAAAAUGUUCACCUGUCCCUUUUGCUUAGGUACGUUUGCUGGUAGAGAAACCUAUGAAAAGCAUUUGAAAGAGAGGCAUCAUAUAAUGCCGACUGUGCAUACGAUUUUAAAGUCUCCUGCUUUCAAGUGCAUCCACUGUUGUGGUGUGUACACUGGAAAUAUGACUCUGACAGCUAUUGCUGUACAUUUGCUCCGUUGUAGAAGUGCUCCCAAAGACACCAACUCGAGCCUGAAGAUGCAGCUUGAGCGGACUGAGAGGAAAGAGCUGCUGUUUGUGAAUGGUGAGAAGCAUCUUUCUGUGGUACUGAAAAGAAAGCAAUCAGAUUCUUGCUUUGUUGCAGAAGACCAAAGGAAUAAGGAACAGCAGCCUCUGAGCUUAAGUACUGGCAUAGCUCUGUCUGCAGAGAACGAACUAAAUUCAGGGGUAGUGCCUUUUAAACGACAAAAGAUUAGGACUGAGAUGAGGAAACUUCCAUCUAGUGAGGAUCUCCGCUUUCUAGCAGUAGAUCCUAAUCAGUAUGAUCACAAUUCAUAUGAGGCGCAGAAACAGUUUUUGUCAGACUACUUUCACAAGAGGCCAUAUCCUUCUAAAAAAGAGGUGGAAUUACUUUCCUUGCUGCUAUAUGCGUGGAAAAUUGAUGUUGCAUCAUUCUUUGGAAAAAUGAGGAGUACAUGCUUAAAGGCAAUAAAACAUCACAAACCAUCUGUGCUUCUGGGUUUCAGCAUGUCUGAAUUAAAAAACAUUAAGCACAGUUUGAAUUUAAAAGAUGGACCAUUGGAUAUGUAACCCAGCUUUUUAUACUAGCUAAAAGCAAUCCAUAAUUGCAUACUUACAAUUUAGCAGUUUAUUGUUUGAUUUAACUUGCAGACUGGCCUGUUGAAGGGUGCAGUAAUACAAAAAGUAUCGUUCACUUGUGACUGUUAUUGUGAAAGGCACACAUAGUUGUGUGUUUUAAAAGCUAAAACCUUCAGACUUAAACAUCUGGAAUUUGUUUUAGCUUUUUCCCUUCCCUGGGGGUAGUGUUGUGGGGGUUUUUUUGGUUUUCUUUGGGUUUUUUUCCUGUUUUUUUUUUUCUUUUUUUGUGUGGUUUUUUUUUUUUUUUUUUGUGUCUUUUUUUUGUUUUGUUUUGUAUUUUCUUUUGUUCCACUUCCAUUUCCUUUUCUUCACCUUCAGGCUCCUAUUAUAUUUUUUAUACCGCCAUGUAAAACCCCCGUCCUUGUUAAAACCAAAUUUUAUUUUAUUUUUCUGCAGUGUCGUCUUUUCUAAGUAAUAAAAUGUGUAAUGUGGGUUAAAAUAAUAAGAUAAACUAUGUGAAAAAGAUGAAUUUGAUUAUUUGUAUUUUUAAGUCCUGGUAUUUUUGACUUGUUUCCAGUUUAUCUACUGAAGGCAGUGAUUGCGACCAUUUACAUCCAUUGCCCCUUAAAAUUUCCAGUGCGCUGGUAGCUGUGAAAUACAUGGCAUUGUGGUUUUUUCCUCGGUCAGAAUACCUGUGCCAGUUAAAUCUGGUGAUCUGUGGUUCCUGCUGAGUAUUAACAUGAGGGGCUUUUGGGUGCCCAUUGGAGUGUUACAGUGAACUGACUUGAAAUGGUUGUGUUAUCUAUUAAAUAGAUCUUGCUAACCAGAA